UCUUCCCUCCGUCACGCCCUCCGUCCUUCCUUCCUUGCAAGCCGCGGUCACGCCGUCACAAGUCACCGGCUCCCAAUCUCUGACAGAAAACCCUUUAAAAAUGAAGAUCUGGGCGUCAGAACACAUAUUCAACCACCCAUGGGAGACGGUGACCAAGGCGGCGAUGCAGAAGUACCCCAACCCCAUGAACCCCAGUGUGUUUGGUGUGGACGUGCUGGACAGACGUGUGGACACGGAGGGACGGUUACACAGCACCAGACUGCUCAGCACAGAGUGGGGGCUGCCCUCCAUGGCCAAGUCUAUCAUUGGUGUAACAAGAACAUGCACUUACGUCCAGGAACAUUCAGUGGUUGACCCCAAAGAGAAGACCUUCGAGCUGAAGUCCACUAAUAUCUCCUUCACUAACAUGGUAUCUGUGGAUGAGAAGUUGACAUACAAGCCACACCCGCAGGACCCUGAAAAGACAGUGCUGACCCAGGAGGCUCUGAUCACUGUAAAAGGCAUCAGUCUGAGCAGCUACCUGGAGGGCCUCAUGGCCAAGACCAUCUCUGUCAACGCCAAUAAGGGUCGUGAGGCAAUGGAGUGGGUCAUCAGACGAUUAAACACAGAAAUCGAGGAGUUGGCGGCGACCGCUCGUGGCACCAUGCGCGUUCCCAUGGCAGCAGCUGUGGCCGACAAAUGAUCACCUCCUUCCUUCUGCUUCCACCAUCAUGAACCGAUGGAUCUUCCAAACAUUUUCCCCUCAAAGGGGAACUCUCACCUCAUCCGCCAGGACAGCUAAAUACCACCUCGUCUUUGGCCCAGCUUAGUAUUUUUUUUUUUUUUUUUUUAAUUUGUUUGUGUCACAAGAACUCACUGUUCCCUCUCCCUCAGCUGCCUGAUACUCACCACAAGGUUGCAACACUGAAGGGAGAGACAGAGUGUUGAGCUCAUGACCAAAAAAAAGAUAAAUGAAAAAAAAAAAAAAAACUAACAGGUUUGAAUUGGGCUGCACUUGAAGCUCACAGGAAUUUGUCUU